UCAGUAGCUAGUUAACUACAUGACUUUCUUUAGAGAAGGUUAAAUCUCUGACUUCUCUAGCUACUUGGCUAGACUUGAUCGCUUUGUUUGUAAUAACAUUAUUUAGCGGCAGUUAGUUAUUUAAGACAACGUUAACCUAUUCAUUUUGACCCAUUAUCUGGCAGUUUAAAUAAAACGAGUAAAUUAUCUCCGGUGACAGUCGGCUAGCUAAGCUAAAGUUAGCUAAAGUUAGCGAGCAUCCGCGGUAGGAAAGGCAAGAAGGGUGAAAUGACGAGCGUGGACGUGAUUUAUGAAAAUAUUCACUUCAGGCACGAUCCGAAAUGGUCUGUUCGUGUUCGCAUGGGUCACCCGGACCAGGGCGGCUUGAUGAUCUGCGUCGCUUGUGUCAUUGAGAUGAUGGAAAGCAACAACGUUGCGUCUGUGAGAAAGUCUGUGGCGCUGUCAGGGAUCAGUGGGAUCCUGAAGAGCUGUCCUGGGGCUCUGAAGGAGCUGCUACUGCAGGACCACAGGGUCUGUCUGCAUUUCACAGCAUCUUUACUGGGGAUGCUUCACACAGUAGAGGACCCAGCCACUCUGGAGCAGGCCAUACAGGUGCUGGUUCAGCUGCUCUUGGAGUUACAGAGUGAACAGUAUGUGUGCUACAUCCUGGAUGAGAUAGACACACAACUGUGUGACCAGUCCAGUGUGAGGGGUUUCCUGCCCACCUUCACCUUCUUGGGGAAGCUGGUAGAUGCUGUUCCUUCCCUGCCACAGAGCCUGGCCUCCAGCCAUGUGCCCCUGUUGGAGCGGUUGUGCUCCACGCUGCUCUACCCAGACGAGAGUCUGAAGGCCUCAGUCUUCUACGUGUGGCAGAGGGUGUGGGGGGCGGGGGGAGCGGCCCAGUCCCUGCCCUCCCCCCUCAGAGACAGGGUGUGUGUGCUGCUGAUGCAGACCCUGUCCCACGCCUGCUCCUCUCAGCUCACCAUCAACUGCCUGGGCUUCCUGAAGCAGCUGCUGAAGCUGGGUGAGGUGGUGUCUGUGCUGAUGAACAGCCCCUGUGAGCAGAUCCGGUCUGAUCUGGAUCAGAGCCUGGACCAGGACCAAGAGGCCCAGUCCAGCACCCACCUCUCCCUGGAGCGCUGCUCACUGCCACUCAUACUCAAAAAGCUGUUGCUGUGUGGGGAUGAGACAUUGCAGGUGGCCAGUGCUCAGUGUAUGGCUGCUAUCCUGGUCCACUCCCCCAGCCAGUACUGUGCUUCCUUCAUCCAGGCAGACGUACCCGAGUUUCUGUUUGAGCGUCUGAACAGUGGCAGUGAGGUGCUGCUGUGGUCCGUCUACAGCUGUCUGCUGCUGCUCACUGAGGACCCGCUCUUCUUCUCUCAGUGUCACUCUGUCUACGGUAUUGAGUCUCUGGUACGCAGUCUGAAGGAGGCCCUGAGGCUGACUAACGUGGAGGUGCAGAGACAGGGCCUGCUGCUGCUCACAGAGAUACUGGAGAGGCAGCCUGCGGGGGUGCGUCUGUUCCCCAGCGCUCCAGGGUUUGUGGCCGUGGCAGAGUCAGUGCUCUCUGGAGUCUGCUCCCCCAGUCUGCAGGUGGCAACACAGGCAGCCCACGCUGCCACCGCCCUCCUCAGGGUGAACCACCAGUCCAGCCCAGUACAGUACAAACAGCUGGAGAAGCUGGUGGAACACAUUAUUGCUCGGUGCACUGAGCUGCCCUUACCUGCCUCCUCACGGUGCCGAGUGAGCCUCAGAGGAGAUGAGCCCAGCAGCCAGGCCUCGAGAGCGGGAGGGUUUCUACUCCAGGCCCUGGUCUGUUUCCAUGCCGCCUGCACGCUAGUGAAGCAGUGUUCCUCUGAGCCUGGCCUGAAGGAGAAUGUGUUCACAGCUCCAUCCAAGCAGGUUCAGGGUCAGGACCCGCUGGAGUCCCUGUGUCUGUGUCUGCUACACUGCUGUGACACUGUUUGCAUCCCCACCGUCACAAGGCAUUGUGAGCUCGCCCCCAGCGCCCAGAUGCUCCAGCACUUCUUCUCCAUCCUGUCGUACCAGUUCUCCCUUCUACCCUCCCUCAUGCCCCUCUUCGCUGCCAAACUAGCAUCCUCUGGUUUCUUCAGGCUGGCUCUGGAGCACAAAGCUGUCCUCUGUGCAGGAAACCGAAACCCAGCUCUGAAUGCAGCCUGCUGUGGUUUUCUGCAGAGGCUCAGUGUGUCUCUUCUGUCCCAACCAGACCCUGCAGCCAGCAUCCUCCCACAAGACUGUGAGGAGAUAGAGGCUGUGUUGAGGUCCAGCCUGCCCUCUCUGUGUUGUCGUGUGUGUGAGUGGCCCUCUCUGUUGUGUGAGUCCCCAGUGCCCCAAUGUGACCCUGCCGGCCCCAGGGCCACUCAGUACUGUCUGCUCACAUUGCUGCACCUGGCCCUGCAGCAUGGAGACAGGCUGCUCCCUGACUCCAAGGUGUUCUCCUGUGUGGUGACUCUGCUCUGCUCGGUGCAGGAGCAGGGAGACUCGGCCCUGCCUCCCUGUGUGCUCAGGUCUGCCCUCUACCUGCUGUCUGUCACACAGGACAAGAGCCCCGACCUGGACUGGGCUCCUCUAAACUGCAUCAGCAAGGCCCUGUCCUCCAGCCCCAAUUUCGCCUCCCUCUACACCCACCACCCUCCACUCCUACACUUCCUCUUCCGCUACCCAGAGCUGGCCGAGCACUUUGGGCCCCGGGUCCUGGAGCUGUGGUUGUCCCACCGUGCUCAGGCCACACCGCAGUCAGACACAAACAGUAAGAAGACAGAGGGCCUGUCAGAGCAGAACCAGGAUCCAGACAACACAGCCCUGCUGACUCUGCUGGAGAAGAGCCCCACUGUCAUACUGAACUUGCUGGGCAUGGUGUGUACCAGCGAAGCUCCCCUGGCAGAACGUGCUGUAGAGGUGCUGGGCAGUUUCCUGCAGGGCCGGCGGAGCUGUAAGGCCGGCAUGUGUACCCUACUCAGACCCACUCUGCUACAGGUGCUCCAGAGACUGGGCCUGGAGAGCAGCCAGGGGACAGGAGCCGUGGCCUCUCUCCCUCUGGUCCUGAGGUUGCUGUGCCUGAUGCAGACCAGUGGCUCCACUGAGAAUGAGAUGGACGGCAUCCACUUCAAACUGCUCUACCACGUGAGUAACCUGGCAGGGAAGCUGCAAGCCUCCAACAUGGAGUGUCUGCUGCCAGCCUUCAGCUACCUGUACUGUUGUCUGCGUCUGUCACCCCCUCACUGCACUGACAGAGCUGUGUCCAUGCUGCUGUGUAACGCCGGGCUGAUGGACCAACUGCAGGCUACGCUGGACCUCUCCUCUUCCCUCUCUCCUCCGUCUGCCCUGCUGUGCUGCUCUCGUCUGCUCCUGUCCUCUCUCGUCACCCUGCAGCACACUCAUUCAGCUCAGGUCCAUAGAAGCAUCAGGUUGAACCUGGGCAGCACGGUGCAGGCCCUGGUCUUUGGGAAGAGGAAGACAGGCAGCCUCUUACUGGCUAGUUCCCUGAGGCUGCUGCAGGCUGUUCUAGACGUUGACCUGGAGUCUCCAGUGCUGUGUGUGAGUGUUGGCCCCAGGGCAGGACAGAGGCCCCUGGGGGACACAGACAGCUCUCUGCACCCGUUGGGAUCCUACGGGGCCCACUGCCUCAUCACCGCACUCUACGGCCUCCUGCUGCAGAAGCAGGAGCUGUUGCUAAGUGUGUCAGUGAACUGCCUGGGGUCUCUGCUGCGGUUUCUGCAAAGGAGAAGUCCAUCUACAGCCCAGCAUGUGGUGUGUCAGCCCUGGAGUCGCUUCCUGCUCUACUCUCUGCUCAACUCUGGAGAGAGCUGCCUGCUGCACCCAGCCACACUCACACUACUCACACUGCUGUUGCGGUAUGGCAGUAGGGUGGUGGUGUGGGAGCCAGACCUGUGUCAGGUGUUGGAGGCGGUGGAGAAGAGAGGCCUGAACGAGCUGGGAGAGAACACAACACAGGCCCUGAGACAGCUGCUCACACAGGUACAGUACACAACACAGGCCCUGAGACAGCUGCUCACACAGGUACAGUACACAACACAGGCCCUGAGACAGCUGCUCACACAGGUACAGUACACAACACAGGACCUGAGACAGCUGCUCACACAGGUACAGUACACAACACAGGCCCUGAGACAGCUGCUCACACAGCUCCAGUGCAGUAUAUUCCACCCCCCUCCUACAGAGGAGAGCAGACUGCGGGCCAAUACUCUGAUGGAGUCACUGAACUCCCUGCCUCCCACAGCCAACAACGACCUGCCCACCAGCAUUCUGCGUGUUGGAGAGAUGUAUCUCUGCCUGUCCGACUUCACUGUGAAGACAGACGGACACAAUGGCUCUCAGUUAUAGACCUGUUUGAUUUAUUGAUCUAUUUAUUUACAGCCUUAUUCUGAAGAGGUGUCUGGUAGGACUCCUGUCAUAUUAUUACUGAUUUACUGUGUCAAUAAAAUAACUAGGGGGAGCAUUCCAUUAAUUAGCCUUUAGGUUUGAGGUCUUUCAAUAAUAUAAGUUUAUUAUAAAGAAUUGUU